UAUCCCGCGACAGCAGCUUUUCCGUGAGCGCUUCAAGCCCAAUUGCUAAUGGGAAAUUAGUGACUUUGACCGUUUUUCACUUUUUGUUCUGUUAAACUAUCCAAAUCGUGUGCACUGGCAUAUGAAUUUCCACUUGACAAAUAUGUAGCGGGCACAAGUGUGUAGUUUUAAAGUCCCGCAGUAGCCCAGUUUGGAAAGUGACUGCUUGGAGUUUAUCUUGGACGUUGUGGUAGCGUUUUGGUCAACUCGGGAAAGUAUGGACGAACCGAAGGAAGCUGCGGAUGACGGAGGAGCUUCGACCAAAGAGACGGACAAGAAGAAAAGAUCCCGCGUCAAGCAGCUGCUGUGCGAAGUGAAAAAACAAGUGGAGUUCUGGUUCGGAGACGUCAACCUCCACAAGGACCGCUUUCUGAGAAAGCUCAUUGACGAGUCGGAUGACGGCUAUGUUGAUUUAUCCGUGGUGGCGAGCUUCAAUCGCAUGAAGAAACUGACGAGCGACACUAAACUCAUCGCCAGGGCUCUGAAGAAUUCUUCCUUGCUGGAGGUGAAUUUAGAAGGUGAUAAAGUGAGACGGCAACUUCCCAUCGGAGAUGUUCCACCAGACGUGGACAGCCGCACAGUCUACGUGGAGCUCCUGCCCAAGGACGUGACUCACAGCUGGAUCGAGAAGGUCUUCUCUAAAUGCGGGACCGUCGUAUACGCCAGCAUCCCCAGAUACAAAACCACCAACGAUCCCAAAGGCUUUGCCUUUGUGGAGUUCGAGAACCCAGAGCAAGCCAAAAAAGCCGUUGAGAUGCUCAAUAAUCCUCCUGAAGAUGCUCCUAGGAAACCGGGAAUAUUCCCCAAGACUAAGAAGGGGAAGCCCAUCAAGAUGACUGCAGACAAUCCGUCUUCAGGUGGCGGCGGGGAAGAAGAGAAGAAAAAGAAAAAGAAGAAGAAAAAAAAGCUGCUGGCCGAGGAGGCCAAAGUGGCGCCGAUGGACGCCGAGCCGCCAGUUCUGCAGCAGCAACAGCAGAAGAAGAAAAAGAAGCAGCAGCAAGGCUCAGAUGCCGCGAGUCAGAAGACGACGGGUAAAAUCUCGGAGAAAAAGAGACGCCGCUCGCGGGCGGUGGACGAAUCGGAAGCGGCGCUGCCCGCCAAGAUGAGGAAGCUCGAGGAGAACGAUGAAGUCGAGUUUGAGAGCAAUCCGCCACUAGAGGGCGAGCAUGGGAAAGAAAACCAAGAAGACCCGCUGGUCAAAGCCAAGAGAAAGAGGAAGAAGAAACACAAGGAGAAGCUUAAGAUUGGCGAGGAGGUCAUCCCGCUGAGGGUCAUGUCCAAGAAAGCGUGGCUGGAGCUCAAGUCCGAGUACCUGCGGCUGCAGAAGCGCAGCAUGUCCUCCCUGAAGAAGUGCAUGACGCAGUUGGACGGCGAGGAGCGACGCGGCAGCAGAAGCAACCAGAAGAUGGAGGCGAGCGAGAAGGCGAGCACUUUGGGUCCGCAGUUCACCAGCGGCGUCAUCAUGAAGAUUACGGACAACAAGGCGCUUCCGGGGAGGAAGAUAAUCAAGGACACCCUGUGCAAGAUCUCGCCGGUGGCGUACGUUGACCUGUUGGAAGGCGACGCCGAGGGCUACGUGCGCUUCGAGCGGCCAGAGUACGCGCAGGCCGUCAACGAUAAUAAAGCCAAGCUGCAGAAGGUGCACAGCUGGCAGCUGGAGAUCCUUUCAGGCGACAACGAGCAGAGGUACUGGCAGAAGAUCCUGGUGGAUCGGCAGGUCAAGCUCAACCGGCCGAGAGAGAAGAAGCGCGGCACGGCCAAGCUCUUGUCCAAAGCGGAGAAGAUCAUCACUGCUCGCGCCAAGGAAGCCUGCAAGCACAUUCACUUCCAAGAAGACUGACUCGCUGCUCCUUAGUUGUUGUUGUUGUUUUUUUUAUACUUUUUGCCUUUGCGCUGGAGCACCAAGUUCAAGUUUGUGAUGUAAAUAGCAUGAAGCUCCCCAUCAAGAUGUGCACAUGUUUUUUUUUAUUGUCAUUUGACUAAUGGACUUUUUCAAAUGUGGAGUGCAUUAAAAGAAAACGUUUGAACUUUUAGAAUUGUUGACAUAAA